AUGGCGGACGAGAAUAAAGGAGCAUCCAACAAUGAGCGUCUCCUCGCUGCUGCGCGCGAUGACAAUGAGGAUCUUUUGCUUGAGAUCUUUGAGCAAGGGGAUUUUGAUAUCAACUGCCAGGAUGGCGUGAUGCACGGUUCUACCGAUGUGCUGGAACACAUCCUUUCACAUGAAGACUGCGAUGUCGAUCCCAUUAACCGCCUCGACAAAGCGACACCUCUCCAUCUCGCAGUGCAAAUCCAACACACCGACCUGCGCCUGCACAUCUUCGACAGUCUUCUCGAGGCAGGGGCGGAUACUUCAAUAAAAGACAAGAACGGGGAGACCGUCAUUGACCUUCUCCCAGCCGACGAUACCAAGCUUCGUGCACUCAUCCGCAAACACCAGGCGCAGGCCACGAUCUCGCGAGACGACGUUGCUAGCGAUGGCGAAGAUGAAGGCGGGUCGGGAUCGGGCUCUGAUGAAGAUUGA